GUCCUACUCACUCCCAGCCAGAGCUGGUCACUUGCUGUCUGUACUGAGGGAGAGAGGAUGGUGCCCACUGCUGCCGGCUCUGGAUAAGGGGACAGACCCACUCAGUGCCAACUGCCAGCUCUGAAUAAAGAGACACACACACUGCUCCCCAACUCACUAUAUCUAAGGGGGCUUUAUUUCAGGGGUGCUCUGCCACUCAGUGCCAACCUGCUGUAUAGAAACAUGUGAGUUUCCUUUCCACUUCCUACUGAACCUGCUGCCUGCACUCCCCAGGGCUGGCUGUGCCCCUACAAACACCAAUGGCGGUGUCAGCGAUGUGUGAGUCUGCCCUCCUCCCCUCCUCGCCCGCCAGCCCAUUCUAUGGGGAAUCUUCGGACACCUAUUUCCAUGUCGACCGCUGGCAGAAACUGCGCACCGCAGUCAGGAAGCUGGAAUUCUGGGAAAGCUUCACCGCAGAGCUGAUCGGCAGCGGAUUCUUUUCCAAGGUCUAUAAGGUGACAAAUGGCGUGGGAUCCAAGUCGAUGGUGGUUAAAAUUUAUAAAAAUUAUGUCGAUGAGGAGGGAAUUGUCCAAGAGAUCACUUUGCUUCAAAAAUUGUCUCAUCCUAAUAUAGUGAGGUAUCUUGGAAUAUGCGUCAAGGAUGAGAAAUUGUAUCCGAUAUUGGAGUAUGUUAAUGGGGGGUGCCUGGAAGAGCUAUUGGCGACUAAAGAGAUCCCCCUCAGCUGGAGACACAAAGUGGAACUGUCCUGUGACAUCAGCAGGGGGAUGGUCUAUCUGCACUCCAAAAAUAUCUACCACCGGGACCUCAAUUCCAAGAACUGCCUGAUCAGGGUUACCCCACGAGGCAGGGAGGCUGUGGUCACGGAUUUUGGCCUCGCUCGGGAGGUUGGGGAGAUGUCAUUGAAGAAUGGGGAACGCAAAUUGUCCCUGGUUGGAUCCGCCUUUUGGAUGGCGCCAGAGAUGCUGCGGGGGGAGCCUUAUGAUAGAAAGGUCGACAUCUUUUCCUUCGGGAUCGUUCUGUGUGAAAUCCUGGGCCGGAUCCCUGCCGACCCAGAGAUCCUGCCGCGCACGCGGGAUUUUGGGUUGGAUGCUGUGGCGUUCAAGGAGAUGUUCCCAGGGUGCCCCACGCAAGUGUUGGACCUGGCCGCCAGCUGUUGCCGGCUUGAAGCUUUUAAAAGACCCUCAUUUGGGGAGAUUCUCGACCAAUUGGAAGACCUGGCCGAAGUGCUGGAGUCUCAGGCGUCCAAUCAGAACUCUUGCUGAAUGGACUGGCAUUCACCUGUAUAUAGUGUACAGACUGGGGCCAGAGACGGCAUCUGAGCCCCCCUUUGUGUAUAAUAAGGACUGGUAUUUAUUGAGCAAAUUGGAUUUUAUUUUUGUGAAUAAAUUCCCUCCUUGCGCUUCUCGCGCAUCGAUGUGGUUGUUUUCCGGCUCUGCAGGGGUGGAGCCUCUUAAACGCCAAGCUGCUGCGAUUUCAUCCAGAGGCUGUUGAUGGAUCCAUGGGAAGAAACAAUAGAAUUAUCUGUGGCCUUAAUGUUCCCAGUUGUUUGUCUGUAAAAUAUCAAUCUCCAUCAACAACCACCAGGGGCAGCUGUUGCACUGAUGAUUGUGGAGAUUCGGCUCAGGGAAGCAACAUGGCAGCUCCCAGCUUUGUUGAAAAUAUAUGUUCUAAUGGCUCCAAUAAAAAAAAUAAUAGA